GUUAAGUCAAUUAAAAAAUGUAUAUACAAUGUUUUAUUCCACAUGUAUAAAGCUUUCAGAGACAUAAUGUAUAAUCUCAAUUGACAACAUGGCCACACACAUCUGAGCCUCAGUGUGGCGAAAGUGGUUUUUACUGUCUCGAUGCUUAAACUCUGAAGAAGAGUCAGCUGACUGACCCAAACAGUCUGCUGCAUCAGGAAACACCAUUCACACAGCUGCAGCAAUGAAGAAGAAUAAAGGCAAAGCCAACCCUACGACCGGGAAGGAGUUUGUGUUUGAGUUCAAGGCAGGGAAACACAACUGUGUCCUCAAAGUGCCUCUGCAGUUUCCUGUUCAAGAGAACGUCAGUGACCUUCACGGACGUCUGAUGCUGUUGCAUAAAAUCCCCUGCUACAUAGAAAACGAGCUGAAACACUCGCUUUCUAUCUUCAUCGAGAAGGAGACCAUCCUGGAUUACGACAGAGAGGCAGAGCUGGCCCUGCAGAGACUUUCCACGGGGGAAGUAGAUGUGAACCAGCUCACCAAUGCAUGGACCAGGUCUUAUGUGGAGACUACACUGGAGCACGCUCGACCCGAGGAGCCGAGCUGGGAUGAGGACUUUGCAGACGUUUACCACGAGCUGAUCCACUCUCCUGCCUCGGACACACUUCUAAACCUGGAGCACAACUACUUUGUUAGCAUCUCUGAGCUCAUCAGUGAGAGAGACAUGGAGAUUAAGAAGCUGCAGGAGAGGCAAGCCUCAGAAAUGGACAAAGUAAUGCACGAGCUGGGGAACACUUUGAGUGACCAUGACGUCAACACUGUUGCCUCUCAACACUUUGAUGCUCAGCAGGUGUUGGAGAACAAAUGGGCGAGCGAGCUGAAGCAAGUAACCGGCAUUCAGAAGCAGGAGUAUCAGGAGUGGGUCAUCAAACUGCACCAGGACCUACAGAAGUCCAACAACAGCAGCAAAAUUAAUGAGGAGAUCAAGGUGCAGCCCAGUCAGCUGUCGGAGGUGGCAGAUCCGGGGGCGAGGAUGUUUGAGGAGCAGCCUCAGCUGGAGGAGAGUUUCACCAUUCACUUAGGAGCACAGCUGAAGACGAUGCACAACCUCCGUCUGGUGCGGGCAGACGUGCUGGACUUCUGUAAGCACCGGUGGCACGGCAGCGGUGGAGUGAAGCUGAGGCGGCUGCAGACGGCCCUCUCUCUCUACUCGUCCUCACUCUGUGGUCAGGUGUUGUUGGUCGACAACAGAGUCAACUCCUACAGUGGCAUCAAGAGAGACUUUGCAACUGUAGCAAAGGAGUGCACGGACUUCCACUUUCACUGUCUGGAGGAGCAGCUGGAGGAGGUGCAGCAGGUGGUGCUGUAUGCACGAGCCCAGCGGAGCCACAAACAGAAGGAGCAACCCGAGGUGCCAAGGAAUGGAGGUGAUGACAAGAGCAAAAAUGUUGAAAGAAAUCCGUCCAACAUCUUACCAGGUGAGUUUUACAUCUCACGGCACUCCAACCUGUCAGAGUGCCACGUUGUCUUCCACCUGUGUGUGGACGAUAAUGUGCGCUCAGGGAACAUCACGGCUCGGGACCCGGCCAUCAUGGGUCUGAGAAACAUCCUGAAGGUGUGCUGCACGCACGACAUCACCACCGUCACUGUGCCUCUGCUGCUGGUCCACGACAUGUCGGAGGAGAUGACCAUACCGUGGUGUCUUAAGAGAGCCGAGCUGGUUUUCAAAUGUGUCAAAGGCUUCAUGAUGGAGAUGGCCUCAUGGGACGGAGGUAUUUCACGCACAGUCCAGUUUCUAGUGCCAAAGAGUAUCUCAGAGGAGAUGUUUUACCAGCUGAGCAACAUGCUGCCUCAGAUCUUCCGCGUCUCCUCCACCCUGACUCUCACCUCCAAGAACUGAUGAAAGACGAUGCUCCACGUUCAAUCAUGCUUAUUUACAAAGCCGUAAGAAGUUGUGAUUCUUGUUUUUUUGUAAUUUGGGAUCUCUGAAUGAACAGAUUUGCUGAAGCAGCACACGCGCUCCAUUCAUGUGAACAAAGUAUUGUGGCAUUAAACACUUACAAUAGAAGGGACAUGGUUGAGCUUAGCUUUUUUUGUGCAGCUACACAAGUUGAACAGUCUGUAAAUGUCUCUUUCUGGAGGCGGAGUGCAUUCAGUGGUUCACCAAAGCAGCUGCUGCAAUUAUCAUUUGAAUCCUCCAGGGUGCUGUUAUGGUGACAGAGUUUUAUGACAUCACAGCUUCAUCCAGCAGUGCAGCAAGUAUUCAAGUGUUCAGGGGCGUGUCCAGACUUUUUAAAACUUGGGGGGGCCCACCUGGGGCACUGACUUAUGCCGGGGUGGCAUGACGUUUGUGGGCACACUCACGCAAAUGAAUUAAAUUUUUUAACCCUUUCUAUCCCCACAAAUGAUUUGUACUUGUAAGUAACACAAUUUGGCAACAGAUAAGUGAGUCAAAAACAAAGAUGUAUGUGCAAAGUCAGCAUUUAAAGUACUUAGAAAUUUACAUGAACACACUUGUACAAUGUCUUAAGGCCCCGACACAUCAAGGUAGAUCAUCGGCCGUCGGUCCCAGAUGGAUCCUCGGUGAGCCGUCUUCGCCCUAGUUUUUCUGUCUGGCUCCAUGGCUACCUGUUUUUUUUGGUCGAUUCCAUAUGUUGGGAAGAGCCAAGUGCUUAUUUCCAACUGAAAGUACAACCCUUAAUCUGUUAAAACAACCAGAAUUGUUGAUUUGAACUUAAGUCCCGCCUCUGAUUAGGAAAAUAUCCAAUCAUAGAUUUAGAUUCUGGGGCGGCACCCCUCUGGACACGCCCCUGCUAUAAAGCUGCAAUAUUUAACCGUGUGCAUGUUCAAGCUACAGCGUAACAGAAAACAUGUUGUUUUAGAAGUUUGAACUCGCAGGUACGGAGUGAAAAUGUAAUCAACCGAGCAGAUGAAGUUAAUGGAAAAACACAGUUUUUUGUUUAUUGACGAGACAGAGCUGGUUGGAACCAAGCGAACAGAUGUGACCUAACAAACCUCAAUCUAAUGACAUUAUUCAAUAGCAGAGUUAGCAACCGCGCUGAUUGUGACAUUUCUGUGUGUGUUUUCACCACACAGAAACGCACAAAUCAAUUUAUCCGCACAUGGAUUUCAGAAGACAUCUCGUCUCAGCUUUGAAGUCAUGUUUUUGUGUUUCAGUAUGAGGUCCCUGUCAAUCAAACACUUCAUCUAUUAAUGAAUUAUGAGUCAGAUAUCACACUUCAGCUGUAGUAGAACAUGAAGCUGUGUGAACUUUAAGGACAUGGCGUCUUAUUUGAGGAGCUGAUGUGUCCUUAAAAGAGUCGACUCUUUUACACCUGAAGCCUGAGGGUGUUACUGCCGGGAUGAGCGAUGUGCCCGUGUUUUAAUGCUGCAUUGCAGUGAGUUGUAGUGAGGACCACUCUGUGUGUGUGUGUGUGUGUGUGUGGUCCCUCCCCUCUACCUCUGUAACAGCAGAUGGCACUGUUUUUAAAGACAAAGAUGUGAAAAGAAGGACCACACACACACACACACACACACUUACACACUCCUCUUAUCAGAAGAGAUACAGUUCACUGCCUGCAUCAAUGAGUUUGACAAAAUAUAUAAAUAUUUAAAUAACCUCCACACUGAUCAUGUCAGGGGAAGGUGUUGUGAAAAGUUCAGCCUCAAUGUUCUUGUAUCUGAAAUGUAAUUCAAACAUUUGUUAAAUGUGUCGACUAAUCGAGCCAGAUGUUCCAGUGUCUUCUGUUUAUUUAUUUCUGUACAUGUUUACAUUUUAUGUUUUAAUAAAAACACUGAUUACA